GUGGGGAGCCCGGCGGGGGGGUGGGGGGAGCAAAAGACCUGCGGCCUCGGCCCCUCCAAAGAGCAGAGAGAUGACGGGGAAAGCCGGGGAAGCGCUGAGCAAGCCCAAACCCGAGACAGUGGCCAAGAGUACCUCGGGGGGCGCACCGGCCAGGUGCACCGGGUUUGGCAUCCAGGAGAUCCUGGGCUUGAACAAGGAGCCCCCCAGCUCCCACCCGCGGGCUGCCCUCGACGGCCUGGCCCCCGGUCACUUGCUGGCUGCGCGCUCAGUGCUCAGUCCCGCAGGAGUGGGCAGCAUGGGGCUGUUGGGGCCCGGGGGCCUCCCCGGCUUCUACACGCAGCCCACCUUCCUGGAAGUGCUGUCCGACCCGCAGAGCGUCCACUUGCAGCCGUUGAGCAGAGCGUCGGGGCCGCUGGACACCAGCCAGACGGCCAGCUCGGAUUCUGAAGAUGUUUCCUCCAGCGACCGAAAAAUGUCCAAAUCGGCUUUAAACCAGACCAAGAAACGGAAGAAGCGACGACACAGGACAAUCUUCACCUCCUACCAGCUAGAAGAGCUGGAGAAGGCGUUCAACGAGGCCCACUACCCAGACGUCUAUGCCCGGGAGAUGCUGGCCAUGAAAACGGAGCUGCCAGAGGACAGGAUACAGGUCUGGUUCCAGAACCGCAGAGCCAAGUGGAGGAAGCGGGAGAAGUGCUGGGGCCGCAGCAGCGUCAUGGCCGAGUACGGGCUCUACGGGGCCAUGGUGCGGCACUCUAUCCCCCUGCCCGAGUCCAUCCUCAAGUCCGCCAAGGAUGGCAUCAUGGACUCCUGUGCCCCGUGGCUGCUGGGAAUGCACAAAAAGUCGCUGGAGGCGGCAGCUGAGUCGGGGAGGAAGCCCGAGGUGGAGCGCCAGGCCCUGCCCAAGCUCGACAAGAUGGAGCAGGAGGAGCGGGGCCCUGACCCUCCGGCGGCCAUGUCCCAGGAGGAACUGAGGGAGAACAGCAUUGCGGCGCUCCGAGCCAGAGCUCAGGAGCACAGCACCAAAGUGCUGGGAACUGUGUCCGGGCCUGAGAGCCUGGCCCGGAAUGCCGAAGAGCCAGAGGAGGAGGAGGCCAUGGACGAAGACAGGCCCACGGAGAAGCUGAGUCCACCGCAGCUCGAGGACAUGGCCUAGGUCAAGGGCGCGCUGACACUGGAGCCCCAGGACUCUGCUCUUCUCAGGACCUGUGGUUCUGGGAGGUGCUCUCGGAGGCAGGGACCAGCCCGGCCUCUGCCGCCCUCGCCCUGCCCCAUAGGCCCUCCAUGACCCUGGAUGACUUCAGGCACAACUCAGUGCCGGCCGAGGCUUUGGGUUGUGCUGAGACAUCCCCAUCUAGCCUUGACCUCGCCAGCAUCCUCGUCCCAACAGCCCUGCCUCGGAAGCCUUCUUGCUGCCCCAAACCACCCCCUCAAGCCACUUUCACUCAAUCCUUCAGCAACUCUCACUGCCCAGAUCCACCCCUUACACUCUGUUCUCUUGCUCCCAAGAGCCGUCUUUUCCAACUCUGCACCCCCUGUGGAUUCUGCUCCACCCAGCCCAAAGCCCAUUGCUGCAAACGCAUUGCCUGCCACAGCCCUGACAGGGACUGAGGACCCGCACUCCAGGGCCAAUGUCCUGAGCACUCCAGUCCUCCACAG